AUGGGGAAGCAAGAUGAGGACCUCCGGGACCCCGAGAAGGAGUGGCUCGAAGUGCAGUUCAAGCGUGCUGACGUGCAGGCUAAGCUGGCCGGCGAAUCCAACAGCAUUCUGAAGGAUGUGACACGCCUUAUAUAUCCUGACUACCUAACUGUAUUUUCAGGUCCUCUGGAGGCGGAAACGGAGGCAGCGUUCAAGCGACGGCUGAAGAAUGCUAAGAAGGAGAAAAAGGGGAGCAUGUUCCGUCGGCCGGCGGAGGAGCUCGACGAAGUUGAAGAACGCAAGUCCAAACGGUUCAACGUUCUGAAGGAGUGGUUCAAAAGGCGACGUCGUAGAGAGAAGGAAAAUGGCAAGGAAAGCGCUCCUCUGCCUCCCGUGCCGCCGCUUACUCCACAGCGUCGCGGACGACGCAAGGGAGGGUUGGAUAUGUACAUUGCAAGCCCUGCCGGGAAGAAGCUCCGUGCCACGACAUCCAGCGACUGGGCCGGGCCAGGAAAGCACCGUCAGAAGCUCGCGCAAGCGUUUCACGAUCUGCACCCGGACAGUCAAGCCGAUUUCGAUGGACAGGCUCGUGCGAAGAACGCCGAACUUCUCGCCGAGGAACUCGAUGAAGCAGGAAGUUCGGAAGAAAUACUGAGAGUGUUGAAGGUACCUGGCGUGCGGGAUUGGUUCCAAGGUAUCAUGGAACAUCUCCGCGAAGAGGUGGAAUGGAUAGGUGGAGUUCUUGUGGGCGGACCCGACGAGAACGGGGAGAUCAAGUUGGUGAAUGCCUCUAAUGGGCGUGAUGCGAAAGACCGCGACUACUUUGGCGCCCUCGCAGAGGAGAUAGGGUGGAAUCGCAAGGUUCUCAUGACGUGGAGCCUUAGCUGGUUCCAACGUGCAUUCACAGGUAUGUACGAUAGCUAG